AUGUCAGGCCUUGAGCCACUAGCGGCAUUGGGCUUUGUUUGCAACAUUGUUCAAUCAGUCGAAGUUGGUCUCAAAACGGCGACGCUCUGCAAGAAUGCCUACUGUACGGGUGAGCCUGAUCCAGAGCUCAGCAUCUACGCCCCGGAGCCUCGCCGUCACCGUUUCAACUGUCCCAUGCAAAAUAAGGAGCAUGCCAUAGGCUGUCUACAGCAAGACCCCAAUUGGUCUCGCAAGACUGUGCCUGGCGAUUGGGACAGUGAGGACCUCCAAUACCUAUUUUCCAGUUACCUCAGUCAGGCAGCUAGACCAUUCUGUCUUUUUAUUGACGGAAUCGAUGAGCUUAUGGGGGAUAGUGGCAUGGGCAUCCUCAUCAACUUGUUCAACAGUCUGCAAAUAUCAUCACGGCUCGUCAAGGUCUGCAUGCUAAGCCGUCCAGAACAAGCCAUACGAACGCGGCAGUCUCGUGAGCCUGACUUGAAAAUGCAAGAUUUGACACGAGUUGAUAUCGAGCGAUGUAUCAAUUGCCCGGGGAUUAUGAACGGCGACUCAGAAAUUGAGAUCCAGGAAAGGAUUUUGAGAACCCCGAAAGACCUCUACAAUUUAUAUCUUAACAUGUGGACCAGACUGGGCGAGGAUUCAGAUCUCUACCAAGGGUCGACAGCACUCACCUUUAAAGUUGACCAACGUUGCAAUGAAUUAUACACCAGAUUACCAAUAAGAAGAGCCGACCUCUUUGAAGUCAUCUAUAUCACACCGCCCGAAAGGCCAGGCUUGAGUCGAGUGGCGAACAAGGCACGCUUUCCCAUCCUGGAGUAUGAUAACCUAAAGGUACAGGCCAUCCAUCUAACUGUCCUUGACUUUCUGAUUGAGACAGAGGGAGGAAACAAGAUCAUGGAACAUCACAAAGCGUCUCGAGAAGAGUUGUUCCUCAGAAUCUUCAGAUCAUGCCUACUUCGAGAUUGCCUAUGGCCAGAAUUUUCAUUCAACCUAGACGCAUACCUGCCAGAGGCUCGGUAUCAACAGAGAUAUUAG